CCUACAGUUCCCGAAGCGGACACGAAGGAUGUCUGAGCCUGAAGUUUUUGUAUUCCGAUGGUCGAGAGCCAGCGAACCGACUUCCGGCAUCGAGUCUGUUGCCAAUGUUGGUGCUGAAACGCAAUGGGAUCUGAGAGUCGUUGUGAGCACCGAUUCCGACGAUGAGAGGUUCUAUGCAGUUUUCAAUAGUGUAAUUGGAAAUGAGGAGAUAUGGAAUGUAUUUCAGGCAGAGAAGCAGUCUUCACCUACACAUACAUUUGGAUGGAAGCGACUUGAAGAUAGAUCUGAAGUAACUUGGCUGCAUUUGCUCAUACCGCUACCAUCUAAGGGACUCAAACAACUGCGCGACAAAGGAGGUGAGCGAGAUGACGAAGAUCAUAGAGUUUGGCUCAAACCUUGGGUGUUCCUAAGGUGGUCGCUGGGCAAUGGUCACGACACCGAACCAGGAAGGUGUCGACUUCGUCGGAUCUCAAUGCUGUGUUUCCAGUCUACAAUUGAACUCGUGGACCGGGUCAACAUGCUUCACCAAUCUCCCACUUGGGAAUAUGUCUUGGAUGACCCCUUUCAACUGAUACAAAUCAUUUUCGAGUCAUGGUUUUGCCGGGUUGAUGAUGUUUCCUGGGGUGUUACAAGAGCGGCACGCAGGACUGAGCAGGAGGUUUUCAACUUCGUACGCUGUGGCCGAACGGUACCAAGACAUAUAGGCCAGAUUGACUUCCGGAGACCCCACAUCAUUGCCAAGGAUACCAUCUACAUGCUUGAGGUACUCGACGCUGCGAUUCUUUGCCUAGAAAGCGUCAGCAAUCGACAUCAUGCUCUCCGCGAGAACAACUCAUCUGGAUUCAAUACAGAUAAAUGGGAGAAUACAGAACAGUCCCUUGAGUAUAAGAAACAGCUAUUUCAUUCCACGAAAUUGCGCAUAUUAAGCACAAACCAGAGAAUGCAGACCGCAAUAAACUUGCUUUUUAGUGUCCAAACGGUCUACGACAGCAAUACGAUGAAGCAGGAUAGCCAUGCAAUGAAGGUGCUGUCUUACAUGGCCCAAUUAUUCCUCCCUUUCUCAGUCGUUUGUUCUGUGUAUGGCACGCCUUUCAUAGUGGAUGUCACAAAGUCAGACACCCCCUUCACCCCAUCUUCCCUUGCAAUCAAGCCACAGUUCUGGCAAUUAUGGGCCGUUUCAGUGCCUAUCACUAUCGUAUUAAUGACGUUCAUAUAUGCCUAUACCCACUGGUAUGAUGUAAAGAAGAUAUACCGCAGGGGGCGAGAGUUUGAUUUAGAAGGUGUGGAAAACAAACUGGGACUGAGCUUAGGGGAUCCCUAGGCUACUAGAGUGGUAUUAUAAUAAAGAUAGUUUAUAUAUAAUAAGCC